CUCUCCCUGCUCCUAAACCCUUCCUAAUCCCUAGCCAACCCCAAAACACCACUCUUCAAUUUCCUAUUCUGCUUGCUUGUUCUCCACCUAAAGAAAUGGCUAAGCGCUUGAUCCCGCUUUUCAACCGCGUUUUGGUUGAAAAAAUCACUCCGCCGUCGAAGACCACAGCCGGAAUUCUCCUCCCUGAGAAAACCAGUAAGUUGAACUCUGGAAAAGUUGUUGCUGUUGGCCCUGGAUUCCAUGACAGGGAAGGUAAGCUUGUCCCUGUAACUGUGAAGGAAGGAGACACAGUGCUGCUGCCUGAAUAUGGAGGGACUGAAGUGAAACUUGGUGAAAAGGAGUACCAUCUUUACCGAGACGAUGACAUUCUGGGAACACUGCAUGAUUAAUCUGGUGGCAAUUCCUACCAUGUCAAACCAUCCAAUACUGAGAAUUGUGCUUAGUUUAAGCCAUUUAUGAGUUAGUGUUCCACCUGUACCUUAGCAACCUGACACCUUGAUAUUUAGCUGGGAUUCAGAGAGGACUCAAUUGAUGGAAAAUUUCAUCCUUAGCUAAUUUUUAAACUGAUUUUCCAGAAUUCAA